AAUAUAAAAAGGAUUUGGGGUUAAGAGCGGUAAAAAGAAAAGGUUAGGGUUUGGCUUCUUCUCAACCACCGCACCCUCCGUGAUUUUCCGGCAACGUCAAAUUGGCCACCUAACAACGCCGGAACCGAUCGGUGACAUCAACCACCAUCAGACCAAUGGAACUAAUUACACAUAAAGCAUCCAACUUUGCACCACAAGAUGUUAUCAGCAAGAUGCCAGAUAAUGUGGUAACUCAUAUUCUCGAUCGAUUGCCGUUACAAGAUGCGGUGAGGACUAGUAUCUUGUCGAGAAACUGGAGGCUUAAGUGGACUACGCUUAGCCAGCUCGUAUUCGAUAAGAACUUCUUUGAGUAUUUAUUAAAAACGAAAAGCGAAAACAACUAUGAGAAAAUUAUAAGUAGGAUUCUUCUUAAUAUUAGAGGUGUCAUUACAAAGUUUGUCCUCUACAUAGAAGAGCAAAGUUACGCCAUAUUGGAUGAUGAAGACGUUAACCAUUGGAUGUUGUGCUUGUCUAGAAAAGGAGUUAAAGAUAUCAGUCUUUGUAAGGAGAAUGGACCACGGCUUUGGUUGCCUACCCAUCUUUUCUCUUGUUUGGAGUUGAAACAUUUGAAGCUUAAUUACUGUGAUUUUGAUCCUCCUUCGAGUUUUAAUGGUUUUCCAAAUUUACUGAGCUUAGAGUUGCAUAUCGUACGGUUUGAAAGUGGGAAAUUUGUGGAGUUUUUUACUCAAUGUCCCGUACUUGAGACUUUGACUAUGGGUUUUAGUAUAGCCAGCAAUGUGAAACUAGCUGAGAUUGCAAAACUUGCAAAUCUCAAAAAGUUAUCGUUUUGUUUUGGUAAUUUAGACAAAAGGUUGAUAAUAAGUUCCGGUGUUGUCUUUGAGCUCGUGGGCAGUCUUCCAAAACUUGAAGAGCUAGAAAUGGAAUUUCUAUGGUGCGAGUUCAUAAAAGACGAUGCUAAAAAGAGGUGCCCUACCACGUUUCCGUGCCUCAAAACUCUUGAAAUAUCAACAAUGGAUUUAGAAAACGGUGGUAUGCUAUCAUGUGCUUUUGAAAUCAUUAGGAGCUCACCGAAUCUGCAGACUCUUAAGAUCAUACCAAGUUUUGGGGAUGAGGGUAUCCCGACACCUUCUGUUUGUUCUCUAGAAGACUACAAAACGACGAGGCUGUUGCAGCUUCGAAGUGUGGAGUUUACACAUUCGUGUACAGAGAACGAACUACGUUUGAUUGAGUAUUUACUUGCGUGUUCUCCUUUCCUUGAAAAGAUUGUUAUUCAUCCCUUUUGCGCUUUACAGCCGGAUGAUGAGUUGAGGUUUGCUACGGAGUUGUUAAAGCUUCAUCGAGCCUCCCCUGUUGUUGACAUCGAUCUAAACUAGUUUUAUUUUAUUUGAACUGUUUUUUUUUUUUUCUUUUCCCCUGCAUAUUUGUUUGAAUUUAUGGCCUUGUGUAACAUUUGGUGACGGUCUUGUUUAAAUUUGUAUAUGAUCUUGGUACAACUCUUAGCUUUUACUUAUGUAAUCUAAGUGGUAAGUUAAGAAAUGGUUAUUUGCAUUAA